CAAUAAUAAUAUAUGAUGGCGAAAUUACAAAUAUAUGUAUAUACAAUAUAUAUACAUAUGUAAGCGAACGUGAACGUCCUUACUUUAAUAAACUGUCUUAUAGCCCUGACAGACGACAGCGCUAAUAUGCAUUAGCGGGCUUCAUUUGCAUUUAUUUGCGCAUUUGACCCGUGUUAAUGCAAGUUUGUAAUGCACAAGAAUUUUGUGCAUUUGGUUGAAUUUACCAAGUUGGAGUAGGCAACACUGCUCAAAAAUAGCCGAUUUUUGCUAUUUUUUGACAGAUGUCGCACUGUGCACUGCUAUCCAUUCAUGUCAGCUGAUGUUUAAAACAACAGGUUUUGGCGCGCAAUUUAGUUUGUGAUGAAAUUUCGUGCGUUAGUAAAUUUUUAUGUGCAAAAUAUUGAUUUGUUUUUAAAAAUAUAUUUAUGCUGUUGCGAAAAUGUCUACACGCAGUUGUGUACCGAUGCAACAAAAAUAUAAUCGAGUAGUUGUACUUGUGGAUAUGGAUUGUUUCUUUUGCCAAGUCGAGGAGAAACUAAAUCCCCAACUUAAAGGACAACCAAUAGCCGUAGUGCAGUAUAAUGCCUGGCGCGGUGGCGGCAUUAUUGCUGUGAACUAUGCAGCGCGUGCCAAAGGUGUAACGCGUCAUAUGCGCGGAGAUGAGGCAAAGGAACGUUGUCCCGAAAUACAAUUGGUUAAAGUACCAAAUAUACGAGAAAAAGCCGAUUUGGGCAAGUAUCGUGAGGCAGGCAAAGAAGUGGCUACUGUGCUACAACGUUUUACACCACUGUUGGGGCGGGCUUCGGUUGACGAGGCUUAUUUAGAUAUAACGGAGGAGGUCAAUAAGCGCUUAGAAGACAUGAAUGCGGGUUCAUUUAUGCUUCAACCGGAGGCUCUUAUAAACACCUAUGCUGUAGGUUAUACUGGCAUUGGUGAUUAUUUAAAUGUGAUCACGAAACGUUUCAAUGAGCCUAAUGCGGAGUAUUUAGACACAGAAUAUGGUUCAUACGCACAAGCUCAUGACCAUGCCGAUAUGGCGGCUAUACGCCAAAGUGAUAUUCGCUUGCUAAUCGGUGCAGCGGUGGCCAGUGAAGUGCGUGCAGCUGUUAAGGCCGAAACAGGCUAUGAAUGUUCUGCUGGAAUUGCACACAAUAAAAUUCUCGCCAAAUUGGCAUGCGGUAUUAAUAAGCCAAAUAAGCAGACCAUUUUGCCGUUGGGAGAGAUACCAAAGUUAUUCGAAACUUUGCCACUUACCAAAAUACAAGGAUUGGGUGGGAAGUUUGGCGAAAAUAUAUGUACCUGCUUGAACAUUCGCUUUCUGGGAGAGUUAUUACCCUUUUCCGAGCAGGAGUUGCAACGGAAAUUCGAUGAAAAGAAUGGCACUUGGUUAUAUAACAUUUGCCGCGGCAUUGAUUUGGAAGCGGUUACACCACGCUUUUAUUCCAAAAGUAUCGGUUGUUGCAAGAAAUUUCCCGGACGCAAUAAUAUAACUGGUUUAAAUACAUUGCGUCAUUGGCUGGGUGAGCUGUCUAAUGAAAUUUGCGAUCGCAUGGAUAAAGAUAUGCUGGAAAAUAAUCGUCGAGCCAAACAAAUGGUGCUAAGCUUUGUGCAGGAAUUCGAUGGUGAAGAGGUAUCGAGCUCACGUUCAGUGCCGCUUAAGGGUUACGAUCAGGAGACAUUAACCAAAAGCAGCUUGGAAGUGCUGCAGACACAUACGAAACAAUUUUUCAAGUCCGGCAGCUCACUAGCUUUGAACAAUCCCAUUAAAUUUUUGGGUAUUAGUGUGGGCAAGUUUGAAACAAUACAAAGUGGACAGAAUAAAUUGCAGGUAAUGUUUGCCAAUAUAGCAGCUAAGAAGAAAAACGAAACGGACAAUGACUUGCCAACGGUAGGCCGUGAAAAUAACGAAACUACAUGUAAGGACACACCUGUUGCAAAGAAACCCACAUUUUUGCCAAAUUUUUUGCAACGUGAUUCUAAUGCAAAUAAUUUGACUGAUUUAAAAGCUAACAGCAUUACUAGUGCUAUAAAUGUGGACAAAAAUUUAACAGUAACGAAUGCAGAGCAGCCUGCUAUAAGUUUAACAAAUAAAUGUGAUAAUUCAGAGCCACCAGAAGUACGUAGCUUCUUUCUAAAUGCUUUAAAAAAGCAAAGACCUAAGGAGAGUACAUGCUCGUCAACUACCGUUAAUGUUGAAGCCGAAAAUAAUGUUUUCACCAAUAAUUAUGAAGAGGAGCAUACAACUGAUAUUUCGAAAAGUUUUUUUGCAAAGUUUUUAAAAAAGUCGGAUAUUGAAGAGAAUAAUGUACAAAAAUUUAUACAAAGAAACACGAACCAGCUACCAAAUACCGCACCAUGCCAAAGCACUAAUGUAAUAGAAACUCAUAUGACAACAACGACAACAACAAAAAUCAAUGCAAUAGAUUUAACUGCUGAGUUAGAACAACACAUUGAUGAAACAACGUUCGAAACCAAAUCGACAGCAACAACAGCCACCAUCAACGGUGUCAAUACAACAACAAAUAAACGCAAAUAUACCGCUUUGGGCGGCAAUAUAUCGCCAACUCACAAUUCACCAAAAAACAUGUGGCCAGUAAGGGCUAAUCGUACACCUUCACCAUCAUAUGAAGCAAGUUAUGUUGAAUUUGCGGUGCCAGAGUUGCGUCCGGAAUUCCUACUGAUGACCAAAUGUGCCACUUGCAAAGCGGAUAUACCCUCCGAUGCACGUUCAAUACAGCUGCAUCAAGACCACCAUGUAGCCAUGCAGCUUAGUCAACAAAUACGUGACGAAUAUCGCAAGGAAGUCAAAACAAAACUAAGUGCGCAGAAAGCCACAGCAACCGCAUCGGUUACAGGCAAAAAAUCCAAAAAAUCACCAGUACAAGCAACAAAGGCCGGCAGCAACAAAGCCGGCACCAGCAUAACCAAAUUUCUAAAACCCAUUAAGACCAGUACAACGACAAUUGCCUCAAAUGCAACUCCAUUUGUUGUGGAGUCAAGGCCUCCUAGUAUAGUAAUCAAUCUGUUAGAUACCACUGUGCAGGAAACGGUGGUUUGUGUCGAGUGCAACUUGCCCAUAGUCACAACUGCCUUGCAAGAGCAUAAAGAUUUUCAUGUUGCCAAGGCUCUACAGCGCCAACUCAACAUGUUGUAGAUGCGCACUGUGUCGGCGGCUAAAAAUUCAAAUGAACCUAGUCAUAACAACAGCUUGAAUUUAAGUCACGCGAGUGUUAAAACGUGAAACAAAUCACAUUCAAAUUGAUAGACCAAUAAGUACCUAAAUACAUACAUAAAUAAGUGUUCUAAGUAUAAGUGUUCUAAGUAAGCAAGUAGAAGUGUUUUAAGUAAGCAAGUUUAAGUGUUCUAAGUAAGCAAGUAUAAGUGUCUUAAGUAAGCAAGUUUAAAUGUUCUAAGUAAGCAAUCAUACAUCUAUCAGCAGAUUAACAUAUGUUCUUUGUGGAUCACCUUAAAUACAUGCACACAUUUCAACUUUUACCACUCUCAUAUAAACAGCAUAAGGUGAUUACUGUUUAAUCAAUGCACACAACCAAAUUUACAGCCCGGACAAAAACCCGUAGAGUUGCAUUACGGAAUAUAAAGCAUUUCUCUUUUUUACCUACAUUACAUUAUUACACAGAUAUAUAUCGAAUUUUUAAAAAUUUACAAUUGAAAUUAUAAAGAAUGAAAUAAAUGACUUUUUUCACUUUUUACAAAAACAUGCGUAAAUUAUUGAAUAGAGGUGAAGUGAUAGUCAGGAAAUUUAGUAGCAAUGCAGCGCGGUGUCCGAAAGUAAGUUGAAGAGUGGAAGACUUAACUGUUUAUUUGAAAUGUACAAAAGGGUAUUAUAAGCAUAUGUGUGCGUGUGAAAUAUGUGUGUGUAAAUGAAGGUGAGAGGGACUUAUGAUAGUAGUUCAUAGCACGUUAUUGAUGGAUUUUACGAUUAAGUACAAAAUUACGGGGGUAAAUUACAGGGGCAGGGCACAUUCCAUGGGACAGCACAACAAGAACAAC